CCAGCAGCUAAUGUAACAUAAUAUCCCUGCUUAAUAUUCAUAGCAUUACCACUUCCUGUUGUUGCCUAGCAAUAUAAUGAGCAUCAAUAUGCCUGGAUUGCUGUCCUUUAAAUGGGUAUUUUGAAUGCUUAAAACUAACCUUAAAACCAAAUAAGAGCAACUUUCUCUUGUACAAACUAUUUCGAAAGGGCUUGGUUGAUUCUUUAAUCUUGAGACAUUAAGUAGAUAAUGAUUCACUUGGGAUUAUUUAACAUCUGAACUUUUCUACCCAUUUCCUUGAGUUUGGAUCAUCUUAAUGUCCAUUAACUUUAAACUGAAAUAGGAGAAAUUCUCCUGGUGGAAAGUAAGCACUUCCAUUCUCCUCAAGUUCAAUGUGUCUUCUGCAAGGUUCAAAAGAUUUGAUGCACUUUCCGCCAGGAGAAUUUGAGAAAAUUCAAAUUGAAUAUACCCCAUCCAACAUUAAUAUUGGCUUGUAAUAAUUCUAAGCUGAAUCAACUAUACACAUGGUAGCAAAUAGUAAGACAAGAUGGAGCAUUUAGAAAUGCACAAAAAAGCAUUGGAAACUCUAUGUAGACUAUGUGGCAAUAAGAAUACAAAAAGUAGAAACAAGGCAAAACCUAUUCCAUGUAUAACUUCACAAGAAGAUGUAUUUUCCAUUUUUGGAAUAAAUCUAGAUAAGGAUGAUCCAAGAAUUCAUCCAUAUAUGUCUAUCAUGCUAUUCAGCUUUAAAAAAGUUUAAGUACUACAACAGACAAGUUGAUUCAACUCUGAAAGAAAACAUUCAAAGCACAAACAAUAAAUGGAUAUGUUCGAAAGAUUGCACAAUAGACAAUUCCUGGAUAUGCCAAAUCUAUAAAAUAAACAAAGCACCAAUUGGACGCAAACGAAAAGUCUCUGAGAUUACAACUGAAGAUGAGCUAAGUUUUAAUGAAAGUGAUCUUAAAAGGAAACAAUACCUGUGUAGCACACCUAAAAAACAAUGUAUUCAACCUGCCGAGACAUUGAUGGACACUAAGUCACCAUCAGAAGGGACGAAUUUAACACCAACACCUGUUGUAACUCCCCAAAUGAAAUUGUCUGCAAUUCAAUUAAUUAUGAAUGAAACAAAUUCAGCAAAACCUCUAUCUCGAUGGGAAGAAAAACUUUUUACACAUCUUGCAAAAAUAAAACUAGCGCAGGCAGAAGAAAGGGGAAAGGUGAAAUGUCAAAACACAAGAGGACAGGUAUUAAUUCAUUACUUAACCUUCUAAGAACUAUCAAUUAAAUUAUCAUAAUUAUGUACACAUUUUAUAUCAACUAUCAUAGAUAGGAAUAAUAUAAUGAUUAGGUGUUUUCAUUCAAGUCCUCUUCAAUUAUCAUACAGCUAGUGUUGAAUAGCCACUUAAUACCUCAUUAAAUACACAUCAUGUCAAAUGAUCCACAGUAUACACACUUAUGCACUUGUUUUAUAAUCCUUUCAGCCCUUGGUGUUAAUGAAAAUAGAAGUUCCAAGAAUUAAAAGUCAAGAUGCUAAAUCACCUCUGAAAAGGCACAGGGCAAGAUUAAUAAAUAAAGUGAGAAAAAAAGUUAGCGGUGGAACAGAUAAUUCUACUAUUCACCAAAUGUCAAAAGAGUGGCGUGUUCAGCACCGUAAAAAGAAAACCCGUGAACUUUUG